AUGAAAGUUAUGCCAGUGAACAGGGCGAUCGUAGUUACUUUAGCUACAUGUCUGCUUUUAGCUUCAAAAACCAUCUGCCACAAUGAAUUAUUAAUGACCAGCUUGCAGAGUAGAGAAGAAACCAGUGAGAAAAACUAUUCUGAGUCUAGUGAAGACCUUAUAGAAGAAAAACAGAGAAGUGUGAAUCUUGAAGAACUGAAAGACUGGGAGCUGAAGAACAUAGUUAAGAUGAGUGGACCGGCUGGGAAGGUAGUGCCAAGUUCAAAGGCUAAUUUGCCACUGAGAUUUGGCCGGAACUUUCUGGAAAGAAGAAACAUCAAACCUGCAGCCAACCUGCCCCUCAGGUUUGGAAGGGCUUUUAAACAUUUCUCACACAGUUUUGAGAAAGUUCCUUCAGUUCAAAGUUUCUUCCAUUUGCUGGCCAACCUACCACAAAAAUUUGGAAGAUCCCUUCAAGGCACCCAAGAUUGUGACCAGAUCAAAAAUAGGUGA